GUAUGAGUGUGGGAAAUGGUGGAUUAGGAGGAAUGGGAGGGAAAGGUAAAGAACCGGAUUGUAUGGUUUUAAUGAGGACUAUAGAUUUCGCAGCUAGGAAACAUCAAUGUCAGAGAAGGAAAGAUGUUGAUCAGACACCAUAUAUCAAUCACCCUAUCGCUGUUGCAAACCUGUUAUCAAGCACGGGUGUUACAGAUGUAAGAAUCCUACAAGCUGCUAUCUUACACGAUACGGUAGAAGAUACAUGCACGACUGUUGAGGAACUGGCGAAUAUGUUCGGUUUACAAGUUGCUCGUAUAGUCGAAGAAUGUACAGACGAUACUUCUCUUUCUGGUAUGGAGAGAAAAUUGGAACAACUCCGAUCGGCGCCUUUCAGAUCUAAAGAAGCUCAGAUGGUGAAAUUAGCAGAUAAACUGCACAACUUAGAAUCUAUACGUAGAAGUCCACCCGUAGGAUGGGGUCCAAAACGUAUACAGAAUUACUUUCUUUGGGCCAAACAAGUCACAGACAUUUGCGCAUCCGCACAUCCACCACUUGCAGCUCGUUUAAAACAUUUAUAUGAAACCGCUUAUACUCGUGUCAACGGUGUUUAUAUCCCAUGUCAUCCUGAAGUAUGUGGUACUUUGACAGAGGACGAAAAGAGUAGGAUAGAUAGUCGCUUGACAGGGUUAAAAGUUGGUGAAUCACCCAGACCUCAACCUCUGUUCACAUGACCCAAUUGUAUGGGUAAGGUGACUUGGGAGGUGUACGAACAUUAUAGAUACAUAAAUGUAGCAGAAGUGUUCGUGAU